GUGUGUGUGAAGAGCAUAACUCUUAUCUUCUUCAUCACCAUUAACAUAAACUCCCAAGAACUCAAAAAUGCUGCAAACCAAAUCCUUCCUCUCAUCCAAUUACUUCUUCCCUCUCACUUUUCCUCCCAACCCCAUUACUUCUCUCACUCCAUUUCACAAUUUCCUUCAAAAAUCCAACUCCACGCGCCGUUCUGUAUCAGCCACUAAAUCACACGCGCCGUCGUCGUUGCUAGCUGAAGCCCCAGAUGAAACGGUUGUUUCCGGAGAUGAAACGAACAACGCGCCACCGGAGGAAGGACCCAUUGAGCUCCCUUCUUCAAUAACGAAUAUUUUUGCUACCUCUGAUGACCCUUCGCCGCUUCAAACCGCCACCAGUCUUCUCCUCACCGGAGCUAUAUCGGUUUUCCUCUUCCGCUCCCUCCGCCGCCGCGCUAAACGAGCCAAAGAACUGAAACUUAGGUCAACGGGAGCGAAGAAAACGUUGAAGGAGGAGGCAGUGGAGAGUUUGAAAGCUAUUACGCCAACGCCAAUUGAUGCCAAGACUCCACCUUCACCUGCUCAGGCACUCUUGGGAGGUUUAACAGCGGGUGUUAUUGCACUUCUCCUUUACAAGUUCACCACUACCAUCGAAGCUUCUCUGAACCGCCAAGCACUUUCAGAUAGUUUCUCGGUUCGCCAGAUAACAAUAACGAUUAGAACUAUAAUAAAUGGAAUAUGUUACCUUGCGACGUUUGUCUUUGGCAUCAACUCUAUCGGUUUGUUCCUUUAUUCUGGUCAGCUUGCCUUGAACUCUAUCAUGGGUGAUUCUGCUAGUGGAGAAACUAACAAUAAAGGUGAAGCACAGUUGAGUUCAAAGGAUUCAACACCAACACGUCCUGUAGAUAGCACUGAAGGUAACAAAGAUGAUGGCAAUAAAACUUCCGAGGAUACAAAAUAGUGAAAGAACGUGACUUAGAAAUGAACACCAGCCAGACAGCGAUAAUAGCAGAUAAUAGCCAGUUUAUGUGCAAGAUCCCUGUAGGUGCACGAGGCAGUUCGGAUCAGACUACAUUAAGGCCAGCAGUGCUAACUCAGAGGUGUUAAAUUGGUUAAGGCCCGAAGACCAUAUGUUCAAUCUUUGAUAGUGAAAUGUAACGCAACAAGUGAUGAUGUUCCUCUUUUGAGUGAAGUCGAAAUGAUUGAACCAGUACAUAUAUUCCUCAACCAGUUCAUGAAGUUACACAGUGCGACGUAUAAACACCAAACAGAAGUUGUAUGAGCCACUUGAAAUUUUGUUGAUUCCAACAUAAUAGAGAUAUUGAAGAGUAGAUAGUGAAGAUCAUAAUGAUCUUGUAUGUUGUCCAUUUGUACAUUCUUUUAGUUGCAAUGCUUGUGAAGUUCUCUUGUUAAGCAAUGAAAGUUUUCACCUCUGAACAA